AUGUCGUCUCGCAAGGUUCGGGUCAAGAAGCUCAGCGUCAAGACUCCUCUUCCUGUGCUCAGGGAAGACCAGAUCGAUGCUACAGAGUAUGAGACCAUCACCACCGAGUCUCAAAUCGCGACCGGAGUCGAGCACGCCGAAGAAAAGGAAUAUCAUUUGCAAUCCAUUCUCAAAGAUGCCGGCACAAGUAAUGACCAGGAGAUUCCUGUUCCGCCUCCCCAGGAGAGCGAGGUAAACUAUGAGCAGCUUUACCCCGUACCUUUCCACAAGCCAUCCACAUAUAUUCGCUUCUCCCAGACUGUCGAGGAGUGCAUCGGCUGCCAGUAUGACAUGAGCUCCGAGGACAAUGACUUCCUCAAGACUUAUAAUGCCAAGCCCGGGCCUGCCGGCGCCCUAUCUGAUGACGACUUUGAGCGCAUCAUGGAAGUCUUUGAAGACACGGCUGCUGAACAAACUCCCUUUGCGUCCAUCGAUAACACCGUCGUUGCGUACGACAUGAUGGUACCCGGACUCAACCACAUCGGAUCACAGCACCUGCUGCAGCACGCCAAAGCCAUCUAUGAGUACUGGAAGACGAAGCGCCAAGAGGCUGGUAACAAGCCGCUGCCUCCUACGCUCAAGUUUGAGACACACCAAGAGACAGAUGACACCGACCCGUAUGUCUGCUUCAGACGUCGUGAAGCUCGACAGACCAGGAAGACGCGCGGUCGCGACAAUAAGAUUGCCGAGACGCUCAAGCGCCUGCGUCGUGAGCUCGAGGAUGGUCGCCAGCUGGUGCUCGUCUCAUAUGAGCGUGAAAUGAUGAAGCGUGAGCUUUUGCACAUGGAACGUGCGGUCUUUGAGGAGCGUGCGAGACUUAAACAUAUUAAGCUCCGGCUCGGAAUCAAAGGCGAAGACGACGACCUUGUCAACCAAAAGCCACAAAAACGAAAGCCUGUCGACACGACGGCUGCUGCACGGGCUGCUGGCACCCAUGUCCGCACCCCAGUCCGGCCCGAUGGCCGCCAAAUGGAAGCCGACCUUGUCCAACUUGCUGACCAGCUUGCUGAAAAGGAGAAGGAGCUUCGUAACGAGAUCGACACCAAGGUCCAGAACCAUCGCAGAUGGAACCAGAACCACAUUGAUCUUACUGUAGACCCGUUGUCGCCGGUACACGAACAGGGCUUGGAGCUCAAGUUCCGCCCGGCAAAGACGCAAUACCUAAUGACGCCGCCCGCCUCUGUAUCGUCAGACUCGAUGGAAGUGGAUGAAGACGGACCUGCGCCCAUGCAGCUGGACAAGCCGCAUGCUGGCCCCGUCUUCCAGUUCAAAGCGGGCGGAGUCGCGGCUGAGCCGCUGCAGACCAACCAGCCGGCCUUUCGUCGCAGAAUUGGUCGUUUGAGCCGCCUCUGGAUAGACCGACGAGGCAUGGCAACGCCACCCAAAACGGAUUCGCAAGGAUAUUCGGACCGUUGGAAGUACGAUUCCGAUGAGGAGGAGGACGAUGAGCCACCAGUCUAUGAGCUGGACCCAUACGACACAAGAGCGUUGAAGUUCCGGGCUACCAUUCCGCUGAGCUCAUACCUCUUCCGCGGCAGACCGUCUGUGGCUGUACCACCAGAAGCUUUGACCAGUGGUGCGAAUCGGACGUUGCCUGCGCCGCCACCGGCGCAGCAACAGGCGCAAGCCGCCUCCUAG